GGAAGCAUCAGCAGAUCACGUGAUCUUGGCGUCACUCUGUUUGAGUUUGCGGUGUGCUCUACAGGAUUUACUCACAUUAUCUUUGGGAAGUGUGAAAAGUUGUUUGGUCUUGGCGCUUUUGCGCGUUUAAUAUAUAUUUUGCGUUUAUCGGUUUUUAUUUAUUGCUUUUUGAGGCUGCAGGCUCAGUUUGUGGCUCCUAGGAUUUUUAAAGACUGAUAUUAUAAAGAAUGGGUCCGAAACAGAGCAGUCCAUCUGUGGGUGUUCGGGUCAGGUCUUACUCCGGUUCCGAUAUGAACAGCGGGAACGCUCGAGCUGCGGUUCUGCGCUAUUACGCGGGCGGUUCGACUGGACAGAUCGGCGAACGGGUCCAGUAUUCACCGCACAGACCCAGUUCAUUCAUCCAGAGCGCUAUUAUCCCGACCAGCGGCCGGAGAGAUGAGACAGACGGACAGCGAACACUGCUGAUCGGCUCUUUACCUGCACACCUGACGCCUCACCUGCUGGGCGCUGGAUUCGACUGUCCCGUCUGCUCAAAGUUUGUCUGCUCUGAUGAAAUAGAUGUUCAUUUGCUCAUGUGUUUUUCCAAACACAGACUCUGUUAUAAUGAUGAUGUUUUAUCUCAGGACUCUGGUGAGUGUUCGAUAUGUCUGGAUGACAUGGUUCAGGGGGACACCAUCGCUCGACUGCCCUGUCUCUGUGUCUACCAUAAAGGGUGUAUUGAUGAAUGGUUUGAGGUCAGCAGGUCGUGUCCAAAACAUCCUACAGAUUAACAUUCAGACAGAUAUUUUGAGUAAAGAAGAGCAGCAAAAAAGGGCUCAGCUGAUAUUUUCUCCAGGAUCUGAGCAGCUUUGACACUAGAUCAUGAAUCCAUCACCAACUGAAACCUUUAAUAUGGACCUAAAACCUGCUAUGCCUAAUCUGUAUGAAAGCAUGUGUAUACUUUGCACAGUUCUGUUAUCAGGCCUGAAGGCUGUUUAACAGUAAUCAAGCUGCCAUCUUUACCCAUGAUGCUUUUUAGAGAUCAGAUACUGAACUACAGUAUUACUGCUUCAUGUCCAGAAACACAGUGGUUUCAUGAUCCAUCACAGUUUGAAUGAAUGUAUUUUUUCCAACAGGACUUUCUGGUGAACUGUUAUUUAAUGGAAGAGUUUUGUUUUAAUCUAUAGAGGAAGAUAAAUGAGAUUAUUUUUUUGUACACUUUUAAUUUUUGCAAAUACUUUACAAGAAAUGCAUCUUUUAAUGGUUAUUUGUGUGUUUACUGAUAUGAUGUCUUUGUGCUGUAAUUUUUUUCAAUGUGUUGCUGUGUAUAUAACGGGUACUUGUGAUGAACAAAAUCAUGUAUAAUAAUCUCUAUAAUAUUCCCAUGAGUUAUCUCUUCAAGCAUAAAUCCGUCAUUAUAAAUUAAAAGGGCUCUGGGAUGUAAA